AUGGCAGCUGAGUCACUGCCUUUCUCCUUCGGGACACUGUCCAGCUGGGAGCUGGAAGCCUGGUAUGAGGACUUGCAGGAGGUGCUGUCCUCAGAUGAAAAUGGGGGUACCUAUGUCUCACCCCCUGGAAACGAGGAGGAAGAACCAAAAACCUUCACCACUCUUGACCCCGCCUCCCUGGCUUGGCUGACCGAGGAGCCAGGACGAGCAGCGGUCACGCGCACCUCCCAGAGCCCCAGCUCUCCGGAUUCCAGUCAGAGCUCCCCGGCUCAGGAGGAAGAAGAGGAAGACCAAGAAAGACCCAGGAAACGGAAACACAGUGGCCAGUCCCCGGCACGGGCUGGAAAGCAACGCAUGAAGGAGAAAGAACAAGAGAACGAAAGAAAAGUGGCACAGCUAGCUGAAGAGAACGAACGGCUCAAGCAGGAAAUCGAGCGCCUGACCAGGGAAGUGGAGGCGACUCGCCGAGCCCUGAUUGACCGGAUGGUUAACGUGCACCAAGCAUGAACGGCUGGGACCAGCACUUCCCCCUCGGGCCACUUCCAACCCUUCCUGGAAGUAUCUACUGACCACCUUCUCACCAGUGCCAACGAUGGACCCCUCCCACCCCCAUCUAUUCAGUAGAGGGAAAACUUAGGGUAGAUGACAGGAGAGGGUCUCGGCAUGUAUAUAGAGAUUGUACAUUUAUUUAUUACUGUCCACAUCCAUUAAAGUGACUUUCUAGGA